UCAUCAGAGUCACAGAAGUAUGGCGCUGUUGCUAGCUUUGUGUCUGAUAAUUAAUUUCUAUCAAGUAUUGACCAUUACGACGAAGAAUGAAAAUGUUCCAGAGCUUGAAAACUUGAGCGACAGUGUGAUGACAUGCGAGAAAGGAUGGUAUGGUUAUAAUGAUAAAUGUUACCGAUUUGGAGGCAGUGACAGACUCUCGAAAGUAUUGAAUCUCAACUGGGAGAAAGCAUUAGAAUUUUGCAGAAAUGAAGGAGGAAGUUUGGCAACAAUAGACAACCAAGACGUGCAGAAUUUCGUGGUGACAUUCUUCAUCCUGGGCAACGUAACAGAAGUAGCGAACGGAGUGUGGAUCGGUCUCCAUGACCGCGUGACGGAGGGCAAGUACGAGUGGAGCGACGCCACCGAAGUCAAUUUCACCAACUGGUCUCCCCACGAACCAUCGGGUGACAGAUAUGGAGACGAAGAUUGUGCGAACAUUCAGUUCCACCCGAACAGAAACAUCGGAACAUGGAAUGACUUUCCUUGUGGACGUGAAAUGCCAUUUCUCUGCCAAAAAAACCAGGUACGAAUGCCAAUCAGCAUAGCGCCUUUGGAUGCAAAAUUCUGUUCUGAUGAGAACAACUCCGGGUGGAAGUUCCGGCACUCGUGCUUCAAUCUGGUGCCAGAGAGGAAAACGUGGCGGGAGGCAGAGAAGUACUGCCAGAAGCAGUACUCAGGCCAUCUCAUAGCUGUCAAAGAUAUCUUGGUAGAUUUUUAUUUGGACUACAUGUUGAAAAAUUUAGAAGGCGCCCUCUGGAUCGGAGUCGAAAUUGAAAAACUGAUGACGCAGAAGUGGACGUCUGGUUGGUUAGUAGGGUACAGUGGCUGGAAAAACAUCAAAACUAUGAUGGAAGGAACCUGUGCAAUACGCUAUGCAAGCGAGAACUGGAGUUCGGACACUUGCACUCGAAAAUAUCCAUUUGUGUGUGAAUCUUCAAAUGAGUCUCCGCCAAUUUUACCUGUGACCGUGCCAGGAGCAACUUGCCCCGAAGAGCCAGAAGACUGGAGAGACCUGGGUGGAGACAAAUGUUAUUUCUUUGAGACUGGAGUUGAAGUGAAUUGGUUCGAAGCAAGUUUCUUGUGUUUGCAGAGAGGUGGAACACUAGCCAGUCUUCAUUCGCCAGAAGAAUUGGAUGUCCUGAGAUCAUUUGUUCAGUUCACGAAGAAUGAACUUCAUAUAGGGUUAUACCAACAAGUCAAAGGAGGUAGGGAGUUCAUUUGGUCCGAUCAGACCCCUUUCGACUUCCAGCAGAACUGGGAUGCAGGCGAACCCAACCGCGACAUUGAAAGCUGUUCCGUUAUCUACACGUCGAACAUGAAGUUUCACAACUACAUGUGCGAUGAAAGAAGGGGAUAUAUUUGCGCCACAAAAAAAGUUUUACCGAUUAUUACUCCGAACAAGACAGCCCUGAUAAUAACAGACAAGAAAUGCCCAAGAGUCAUAUCAUUCUCUGCCUUGGCGGGCAUCCUGGUCGCCAUAUUGUGCGCCGUAGUCGUGAUAGGCGUGGUCACACUCUGCUGCGUCAAAUUCCGGACGAACGGACGCAAAAGUUAUAGCAGAUCUCGAGUGGCGAGCAUCGCAGACCUCCCGGGCUCCCGAAAAUCGAGAGCGUGCAGUGAAAUGAACAAUGGCGAAAAUGAUGAAAUGUAUUAUGAAAUCAUGUCAUAAAGAUUUUCAUUCUUUGUUUAGCUAUAUUUUGAAAUUGAAACAAUAUAGUACGUGUUUCAGGAUUAUUGGGACAAAGAGAAGCAAGAAUUAUACGAGAACAUCAAAUGCAAUGCUGACGCGCUACAUGCACACAAAACCAGAAACUGAUGGAUGCGAAAUAGGUCACAAAUUUAUAACACAAAGACGAUUUUGCACAAUAUUAAAGUUUUUGAAAACGGUUUUAAGCGGUUGUUGAAAUUUGCGGCCUGCAGCUGUAUUCCACGCGUCGUCAUAACAAAGCACUGACCGUCGCAAUGAGGAACCAUUCUGACAAACUUUCAUUGAUCACUACAUUUUUGUUGUGACGCGCGUGCUAGAGCACACAGGCCGCAACUUUAAACAACUGCAUCAUUACACCUUUCUUAAAGACUGAAGUAUUGUGUAAAAUCGUCUUUUUUUUUUGUGUAGUCAAUUUGCGACCUGUUUCACUCCCUUCAGUUUCUGGCUUUGUGUGCACGUAGCGUGGCGGCUUUGUGUUUGCGAACGUAUGUUCCUGUAUGAUUUCUGCAUUUUAUCGUCCCCUUCAACAUCCCUUAAAGUUUGUCCCAAGCAUUCUGAGACACCCUGUCCUGUAUUGUACGUUGUAUUUCCUGAUGACUUGGCCUCAUUAUUUCUAUUACAACCUCUUCUUUUCCAGGGAAAAAAAAUU